GCCUCUAGGUCACAUAGCUAUUAGAAUCGCUAUAAAGUUUGAAUUUACACAUUUUCGCUCUCUCUAUCUUCUUCAUUUCUUCGUACAUUGCAUAAUUCGUGUUUGUAGAAAUGCCCGAACGAAAAUUCAAGCCCCCAGAACAAAUACCAACAACAACUCUCAGAAGAUCCCCGAGGUUUCUCCAGUUUAAUCAAUCCGAACAAGAGAACCAAGUAACCCAAAAUUCCAAAUCCAGGAAAAUUCGGGUUCCCGAUUCUUGUUCGACUCCAAUUAGCUUCUCACUGCACAAUUUCUCAAUUAAAACCAAGAAAAGAGAAGUUUCCAAGAAACGAGAGACAAAAGAUAUCGUGUUAAAAAGAUCGAAAAUUUUGGGUAAUGGGUCAAGAAGAUACACGAGAUCUGAUGGCAGAGCUGAUGUGAGAAACAAUGGAAAAGAUGUGGAUUUGGGGAAGCAAUAUGUGAUAGAAAGGAGGGUGACUCGGAGAAGCAAAGAAGAAGUUUCAAAGAAGCCACAUGAAACGGAUACUGUGUCGAAAAGAUUGAAAAUUUUGGGUAAUGGGUCAAGAAGAUGUGCGGGACCAGAUGACAGAGGUCAUGUGAAGAAAAAUGGAGAAGGCGUGGAUUUGAGGAAGCAUUAUGUAAUAGAAAGAAGGGUUACUCGGAGUUUGACUCGGGAGAAUAGGAAUGUAAGUAUUGAUGUUACUGAUUGCGUUCCCAAGGGUGACUGCGGUAAGAGAGUAAGGGUUUUAUCAGAUGAAGGGAAGGCUAAGUUGGGUGUCAAUUUGUCUCUGCAAUUUGAGUGUAAGCCUGAGAAAAGGAUUGUUACUAGUCCUAGUCGAGUGACAUUUAGAGAGCACGUUGAGAAGGGCAGCAAUGAUUCGACUGAGUGUUCGGAUAAAGGAAAGGUGAACGGGUUACAUAAACAAAGUACAAGAAAUUCGGAUGAUGGUGAAUGCGAUGCUAUAAGGGGAGGAGGAGAUGAAAAGGAAGGGAAUGGGUGUAAAAGAAAGACGUUGAUCCACGAGACCAAGAGUAGAAGUCGAAUUGAGGAAGAACAUAGUACCAUUAUAAGAUGGACUAAGGAACAAGAAUUGGCAUUGCAAAGAGCUUAUUUUACUGCAAAGCCAACGCCUCACUUCUGGAAGAAAGUCGCUCGGAUGGUCCCUGGAAAAUCUGCACAGGAAUGUUUCGAUAGAAUUCAGUCAGAAAACUUGACCCCAUCUCAACCUCGAAUGCGUUCAAGGGCAAGGAUAAAGAAUGAAUCACCCCUCUCGCUUUCAGCAAGUAAAUUGCUAAAUUCGGCUGAGACAAAAUUUAAAAAAUUUAGAUCCAGCAAGAGGAAGGGCCUUCUUGCCCAAAAGACCAUAAGAAAACUAUUAGAGAAGCAGCAGAAUACGGAUCAAGAUUAUGAAGCAGAUUUGUUUACAGUUCUUGAGCCGACAAGAAGUCCAUCUACGCGAUGUUUUCAUGAGAGUACAGCAUUUGCGACCCCAGAACUGAGCAAUAAAGGACGUGGUUUCCUCAAAAAAUGCCAGGAAAAAUCUUCAUCAUUUCAUGAGAAGCAACUUUCACAAUUAAAGAGUUCGUGCAACACAGCUUUUCUAAGUCCUCCUGUUCUUAAACAAAUAAAAAACAAGGCAUUACAUGAGAAAUACAUAGAUCAGCUACAUUGGAGGGAAGCGAGGAGAAAGGCAGCAUCGCUAAAGAAUGCCAAGUGUAUUAAGAGCAAAAAUGACAAAAACAGCAGUCAUUUUGAACAAGGUAAUGCAAUUAAAGCUGCAAAGGAUGCUCUGAUAUUUGAUACACAAGAAGCUAUCAAUCAGCUCCAAAGCCAGCAGUCGAGCAAAAUAAACGUUGAUGACAUUGAUAACGAUUGCUUUCUUAGCGAUGUGGAUGAAUGUGAAGACGGAUUUUUAUAAUUUCUUCUCUUAAUCUGUCAUGAUCUCAUUUGUAGCGAUAUCGUGCUUAAGUAAUCUAGCUUAAAAUUGUCCAUAUUUGAGUCCUGUAUCCAUCUUAUGUAUUACAUUUCUGUAAGAAAUAAAAAAUGCCUGCUCAUGGAUGUUAUAUUCACUCCUGCUAAUUGCGGUACAAUUUGCUGUU